AUGUCAGAUAAACAUGCAAUCCAGAGACUGAUGGACAGAUGGAGAUAUGUUAGCUAUGAUCAGCCUAUUUUAAUUCCUGGUUAUAUUUCUUCACAAGGUUCUGCUCCUGAACUGAGAAAGUGGUACAGUGUCCCACCAGCAGAUCUUUAUCAUCUCAGUGCUGUGUUGGUUGAAAAAGAAGUUGAAACACAAUUUCAGUCCGAUUUCAUGAAUUGGCAGUUCCAUUACAUUGGAUUCCCUGUAGAACUGGAAACAAAAUAUUUCAUCCAUGCUUACAAUCUACCCCCAGCAAAUAUAAAAGAGGAUUUUCCAUCAAAAUCCAUUCUGUUAAUUACACCAGGGUUUGUGGUGCCUUUCACAAGCACUGUUAUAGCAGAAAUCCGUUUCAUCACUUACGUAGUUGUUAAAAAUUUUGAACUGAAAUCUUUUCAACCCCCGGGAAGUUUGUGGAAUCCGAAUAUAACUGUUUGUAAAAUAGAGACAGAAUUAGAAGUGAAUUUUACAACAAGCAGUCUUGGGGCUUCCAAACUGAUGUUACUCUAGAUGUGGGAGAAAAGGAGAAUUGCUGAAAAAGGUCCUGCACGAUGGCUUGCUGCAAAAACAGCAGCAAAUAGGGUGAUUUUCCUCAGUUCAAACCCUACCACUGGUGCAUGUAAAGUGAGUAACCAUAGUAACAUGGCAAAUACAUUCACUCUUGCAGUUAACCUCUUCUGCAGUGACAUGACAAAGCACUCCUCUGUACAAAAAUAUAUAGUUGUUUCUUUCCAUGAGGUGAGUUCACAAGACACUUUACCAAGGGCUUUGAACUUCUGUCCAAAAUACUGUCUUAUGAAGGACAUACAUUGA